AUGGCCGGUUUACCAGCGAGGUUCCGUCUACAACCCGCCGACGUCAAAGCCGCCGCCAUGUGGGGAGUUGCGGCCGCCACCGGCGGACUCUACCUCGUUCAGGAUUUGCGCACUGUGCCUUGUUUGGCCCUCACUUUGACGAGUUUACAUACUGAUCUGAAAUUUAGUUUUCGAAUGUUAUUUUACGUUAUCCACUGUUUCUUUUUCCCUGAUCGCCGAUGUAGCUGUCUGAACGGUUGGUUAAUGGCUUUUUAUUUGAAGUCUCGUGAUGAAUUGCGUCAACAUUUGGAUCUCUGUUUGUAUAGCGCUAUAGCACCAUUCUGGAGGAGAGAGUGGUUGGGUUUGAUGGAGAAGGAGCUGGUGGAAUUGUACGACGCCGCCAAGAAGGCGGCGGACGCGGCCCUCUCUGGCGACGCCCAACCCGAGGAGACCCGAUGCAUCGAUGCACUCGAACAGCUUAAGAAAUUUCCCGUUAAUUACAAGAUUCUUGUUAGCACUCAGGUAGGCAAACAUCUUAAAGUUCUCACCAAGCACCCAAGGCAGAAAAUUCGGGCCUUUGCUAUUGAGCUAAUUGAGAUAUGGAAAGACAUAAUUAUCAAGGAAACAAGCAAAAAUAAAAACGGAGGUACUGAGAGUAAGGUUGAGUCGGCUAAUGGGGAGAGAUCUAAAUCUGGGAAAAUGCAGAAGUGUCCUUCAGUGAAGGUUGAAAAAGGUGAAACUGUCAAGGUUGAGAAAAAUGAUAGGAAUGGUACAUCAAAGUCAAGCGCAGAAAGUAUGAAAAAGGUACAAAAUGAUGUCAAGAAUGAGAAAGCUGAUCGUGCUACAAGUGUCAAGGUGGAAAAGUCAGUGAAGGAGGUAAAGCCAGUUCCUGGAGCGAGGAAAAUGUCAUCCAGUUCUGCAACUCCCCCAAAGCUAACAUCUAUGAUUAAAUCGAAUGAUGCAACGAGAGACAAGAUAAGGGAACUUCUCCAUGAGGCUUUGUCCAAGGUCCCCGGAGAGGCUGAUGAAGAUCUUGUAGAGGUAGUCAAUGCUUCUGAUCCUAUUCGAGUUGCUGUGACUGUGGAGUCUGUAUUAUUUGAAAAAUGGGGUCCUUCAAAUGGGGCGCAAAAGGUCAAGUACAGGUCCUUAAUGUUUAACCUUAAGGACUCAAAUAACCCUGAUUUCCGCAGAAAAGUUCUGCUUGGUGUUGUAGAGCCUGAGCAACUGAUCAACAUGAGCACUGCAGAAAUGGCUAGUGAACAAAGGAAGCAGGAAAAUCAGAAAAUCACAGAGAAAGCUUUGUUUGACUGUGAGCGUGGAGUUCAACCAAAGGCUACAACCGAUCAAUUUAAGUGUGGCCGAUGUGGUCAGAGAAAGUGCACCUAUUACCAAAUGCAGACUCGCAGUGCUGAUGAACCUAUGACAACCUAUGUCACUUGUGUUGUCUGCAAUAACCGUUGGAAGUUCUGUUAG